GUGGAAGGUUGUUGAAGCAGGAAAAUUUAUGAGUGGCGACAAAAAUGGCUCCGCUUAUCCAAAGAAUUGGAAGACAAGCGCUGGCAACGUUUGUGGCUGGAGAUACAGCAGCAUUUCCCUCAAACUUUGAAAGGUUAAAAACACUGGUAAGUCAUGUCAUAAUGAUAUUUAAGAAUAUUUUGUGAAGUGCAUGUGUUCCGUUUUCAUGACGAUACGCACGCACAUUUUGUCAUGCGUGUUUUGUUUAUUGUAAUAAGCUAAGUCAUACCGGCGAAUUGGAUUUAACAUUCAGCGAAAGAAUCUCAGGGGAAAAUAUCGCCGGAAAUAGUUGAUUUUUUAAAGAGUGAACAGUUACACGUGUGUUUCUUGCUGUUCUGUUUUUCGCGGAACAAAUGAUUACACGACAUAAAACGGAACGUUUCGCGUUUUAAGUGCCAUGUUUGGGUGUGAGUUCAAUGGCAUUCUUUCCUUUGGAGUUGUUUUCUGAUUUUUCUGCCUUCUAAACUGAGAGAAACGAUAAACGAAAACACGCUUUUCACCGACCAUAUUCGUGGUCAUGUGUUAGUGUUACCGGUACUUGUGCUAUUUAGGCUUAUACAUUAUAUCGCACCAAUGUAACCUCCAUUUUAAUAGAUUACCACGUUUCGCGAUCACUGGUUAAGUUUCCUAAGUUGUUUCAACCAAUGAAAUAUAUUUAGCACUAUUUUUUUGUCUAUAAAAAAUUGUGUAAGUGAAUAAAACUAGGGUGGUGGGGUUUGAUUACAUAUGUUUUACCAUUUACACUGCCAAGAAAACCUUAUUUGUUUAGAUGCUGCGUUGGAGGCUUAUGUAAGUGAAAUGCAUUUAUUGUUUGUGAAUUCUAUGAAAAUUUCAAAUACUUUCUGGCCGGCCAAUGCAUCUACCACUGUACUCUUUCAUAAAUUUCGAUCUACAUGUAAAAGUCUCUUAUCAGUCCCUAUCCUUGUUUACACUGAAGCGAAUUUAUUAUCCUGCAUUGAAGUUUGUGAAAGCAUAAUGACUGCAGCAGCAGGAGCAUAAAGUUUGAAGCAUAUAAAAUGUUGAAAUUAAGGCUGUACUCAAAGAGAAGUGUAUAGGGAGCCAAACAUUCUGACCUUACCAGUUCACAGCACAUGUUUUUAUGUAAAAACUAAGAUUUCUGGUUGCCAGGGGUGACGGGACACCCUGAUGAUUCAAAUGGAAAAAGUAGACUGAGGCUGAAUUAAGAUGCUAACAUCUAUGUUUAAAGUUUAUUAAAAGAUUCAUGGAGGAGAAAGGAGGAUAUUAUAUUAGUGCCAAAGUGUUUUAGGCAGCCAAAGAGCACCUUGAUUUUUACACAACCCAUGAAGUGCCAAGGUUCAAACUAGUUACAGAAGUUUCACAAGUUGGAGUAAACAAACACAAAAUAUUACAAUCAUUUUGUCAUGAAAUGCAUUCAUACUAUAUUUUCAAACAACAGAAACCUAGAGUUGCCAAUUACAAAUUGAGGCUACAGUUGCAACAAAAAAGGUUUUGCAAAGGAAGUUUUGAAAAAUGCGGCAAACUGUGUAUAACUUGUUUUGCAAGUUUACUACAGAUGUCCUUCUGGAAUUGAAAUCUGACAUUUUGUUUAUGUAUUAACAUAUGGAAAAAAUAGUAUUGUACAUGAAACUCCUGUAAUCCUUGUUUUUAUUCUUUACUCAAAUAAGCUGUCCGAGUUUGACAUAACAUUUUAGUGACUGCCUGUCUUAUGAAAGUCGUGCUUCAAAUGUAUUCAUGUAGUUAUCAUCCAGUUGCAAUGAGCACUAAUAUAUUGCUGUUGUUGUUUUGUUCCACUUUUAUAGUGAGCACUCUAAGUUGGUUGGGUGUUAAAAAAUCUUUUGUUGUAUGCAAAUGGUCAUGUGAUUAGCAUGCAGUUAAUUUUCAGCAAUGAUUAAAAUGAUGCACAGCAUGUUGAUCAUGUCUUUGGCACUUUGGCAAUGAUGUAGUUUCCCUCACAUCAAGGCCCUUGAUUUUCGUGUAUACACUUAAUCAAUUCAGAAACAUUCAUGUGGAAAGCCAUGUUUUUUUGCAAAGGCAAGAGUUUGGAAGCGAGUAAUUCCCCUUGAAUACAGGCAAUACAUUUCUCAGAUUAUUUGAAGCAAUUCUUGGAACUCUACAGAAAAAUAGAGUUGAUUUUUUAUAUCAUUUUAUAUAUUUAAAGCUCUAUUGAAUAGACUUAGUGGGAAUAAAAUUACGCUUUCUCCAGUUAUUUUUAUCAGGUACGAUAACUUUCAUAAACUCCUGUGCUCUCAGUGGGCAAAAACAGUGAAUCCUAACGCGACAAUAGCUUAGCAUGUUUUGUGGUUGCUGGUAAAUAAUCAAUUUACAUGGUUGCAGUAACCAAUUCAUUUGUGUUUCCCUGCAAUUUCAGUACCAAAGGACAAAUAAGAUAUGUGACCUUUCUCACAAAAAGGUACACUAAUUUGUUAAACUGGUUUAAUGCACAGCUGUAUAAACCAAGAAAGUGACAAACGGCAAAUGUUACGGCAACUUGCAGGACAAAUUUCAGCCCAGUACUCUCCUUCUAAGAUAAGAAAACUCAUUUACGUCUUUUUUGUCCAGGCCAAGGACCACAUAACUGGAUACAAAUCUGGUCCGAUCGAGGUUGUUUUGACAUAAUGUUCCCAUGUAUUGGUUGUGGUUCAAUUUUAUCCUUGGUACAAAUGUCAUUUUCCUUUGUUUCAAACUCAUUAUCAUCCAUUACCAUACCUAAAAACAAAGAGGAAAAAAAUUUAAACCAAGGAUAAAAUUGAACCACAACAUAUUAAACUCAUCGCUAAUAAUAAUAAUAAUAAUAAUAAUAAUAAUAAUACUUAUAUAGCGCUUAUCUGCAUGCGUUCUAAGCGCUUAUGAUGAGCUUGGGAGCAGGUACCUUAAAGGUUAGUGGGGAGCCAAACGCAAUAGACAGAGAGGAGGUAUCCAUGGCAACCCUGGAAGCAGGAACCACCGCAAGAUUGGCCACUAACCAGCACAGUCACACUGAAUAAAUUCAGUGGAGAUACUUACCUAAGAGAAUACUUGCCUGAGAAAAUACUUACAAAACCACCAGGCAGGGAGGGAGGAGAGGGAACAAGAAUCCGCAAUAAUUCGCAAGAAGGCAAAAAUUGAUCCGCUACGAUCAGCAAGCAAAGCUACAAUAUAGCACAACACUAGCAAAAGAGUGCACAAGGAGCCCUGCAAUUCCCCAAGGGCGUCCAAUGGUGAGAAUGAUUACAAAAAUAGUUCAAAAAAUGCAUAAUUGAGUCUAUUGAUAAUAUUAUUUUAUGACCCUUGUUUUUGACAUUGUAGCGCAGAAGCUCAUAAUUAUAAUCAGGUAAUUGGCAAUUCGCUAUUUGUAGUUUUAUUAAUGACUGAUCUAGAACAUUGCUUAGGAGAAGAAAUCAUUACCCUUGAGAUCUGUGAACUAACUAGCUAGAAGCAGCUUUUUGAUCCGCUAUGAUCAGCAAGAAUGUGUAAUGAUUCGUAAGAAGGCAGAAAUAUUAUUGAUCCACUAUGAUCAGCAAGCAAAGCUACAAUGCAAAGCAACACUAGCAAAAGAGCACACAAGGAGCCCUGCAAUUCCCCGUGGGCCGCCUCAUAGGUCACAUACUGAAGUGGGAGAAGACCGCUGGCCAACUCGCUGCUAAGCCACAUUUUAACACCAUGAGAAAAUAGUUAAAUUUUUUUUACACAGAGACUGAGGGUAUAAAGUUGCCAUUGUUUUUCUUUGCCAUGUUGUGCAUUAUAGCUGCUUUACUUAGUAUUUAGUAUGAAGUAGUGCAAAAAGUUGACUUUAUCUUUUAAACAGUUCAUUGAUAUUGCCAAUAGUAUAUGCUGAUCAUUGCAAUGGGUGGCACAAUUAGGCUGUAGCUAUGAAAGAUAGGUUUUGAUUGUAGACUUGAACACGGGCAAAGACGAAGCCAUAACAGCAAUAGAUGGAAGACUGUUCCACACAAGAAUACAUUGCCCAAAAAAAGAGUACUUGUAUGCAUCAACAAAAGCAAGUUAAAGGUUGUAUAUGUCAUACUGUACAUAAGGUGUUAAGAAAAGGGAAAGGAAAGGGCAAAACAACUAAACUAGUAAUAACCAAAGGUUAUGGAGUGCAGGCGACAACGAUCAAAUGUCAAAAUGCUUUUGCUCCAACACUACACACUUUGCUUAAGUUUCAUGUGACAGAUGGUCAAAACAUGUGUGACCAGAUUGUGAGUGACAGAAGGUCCUAAUGCACGUGAUCAAAGUGUGUUCUGUGCAUUCCAUUCAUUUUAGUGAAAGUCCAAACAAAUGCUGGCUACAUACAUGUGACGCAUGUGUAAUAACAACCUGGAGAUUAGGAUUGUGGGCUCCUCUUUUUGUGCGCAGUUAUACUGGAACAUUUAAAAAAGUGAAAGAUCAAUUAGCGUUCUUCAUUCUUUCAGUGACGACCAGUUAACUUUGAUACUUAAGACACUUUUGGAUCUCUGAUAGUUGUUGCACACAAAUCUUGCUGCUCACCUUUGAUCUGAUUCAACUGUCUCAACUCCCUUUGAGGUAUGAGGGUUCCAAGCUGGACCAGCAUACUCUGUGAUGGGGUGCUUGAAGGUCUGAUAAGCACAUUCUUUAACUUUGGGUGGAGCAGAAUGAAUUAAUGUUGCAUUGUAAGACAGUAAGGACACGAUUGCCUUCUUUUGUACUUCCUCGCGCUGCUUGUUCCAGUUCCGAGAACUUGAUACGUAUUUGUUACAGGUUAAAUUUGAUUUCAAAUUAAAUUUCUUUAACCUAGGUUGAUUCUCAAUUUCCUUUGUCUCCUAGCCUUAAUUAUUCAUCAAUUAAGGCUAGGAAACAAAGGAAAUUGUGAAUCAACCUACAAUCAUUGACAAAACUGUUUAUUAACUCCACGGCUCUUAAUGACCUUUCUCUAUCCUCACUGAAGGUUGUUGGAAUCAUUAUUCAUGCUGAAAUGUCUUAGCAGUACGGAUUAACAAUCUUGGUAGUUAACCAACUGCCUCAUUUAAGUGGAAGGUGGGUGCCUGGCAUACCCAGGGGCUUCCACUCACUGUAGCCAGCCAGCCCCUAGAUAGAAUACUGCCCCCACAGCUGGCAAAUCCCUGUUGUUAGCCCCCAUUCCAGGCACCUGUCACACCGAUGAAACAGUGGAAGGAAAAAAAUGAGGGAUGGGAGGGGGGACGCUGAAUGAACCACUCCAUAGACCACAGCACAAAUGCUCAACGAAGAACUCACAGAUCCUAGCAGUGCACAAAGUUACCACGUACCAUGUGAGCCCGCACUUAUGGAAUUGACUGCUGGAUACCCACUAAGCUUGUGGUGGUUAACUUAGUUAAAUUACAUUUAACCAAAUUUAGUGCUGCUGCAAGUCAUUUAACCUCAUAUAACAUGUAGUCAAGAGAUAAUUUGAAACUUAACCACGUUUUGUCUGUUUGUAUCGUUAAUGAUGGCCUCAAAAAACAUAGUCACGUUUUAUGUGCAUGAGCUAUUUUGAACGCUUCAGUGUGACGUUAUCGGCAAUCUUCUGUCUUAAUCCUAAAUUAAGGCUAGGUUUUGUGCGAAAUUGGGUAUUGCUGUACAUUAAUGAAAACCACAACCACAGCGCAUAGCUGAUUCGAUCUAAUAAAUUCAGUUUUCUUUGUCUUUCCUUCAAACAUCUGGCGAAAAGUAAACAAAUUGUUAAAGUACUAUGAAUACCAACUCACCAAACGUGCUUAGAGGGAAGACUCGAACGUUUCAAGAUUUCUUAAUGGUUUCUUAAAAUAAUGAAGGUCGUCGAAUACUGAAUAGCUAAGAUUUUCAUCGUUGUUGUGGAUGGUUCCAUCAUUAUUCACGAGGUUAUCGCGUUCAAUUCUACUUUAAUGAAACAGUCUUUAACUCUGACCACUUAAUUCUAAGAGUGUUAUGAGUUUUUCCUUCUUAAAAGAAAAGAGCCUUUGCUUAGGCACUAGUUACAAAACUAAAGAUGUCUUCAUACGUUUAAGUUACUAUUAUUAUUAUACAUUGAACUCACUAUCUCUUUACUGAUUGGCCAAAAGCAUACAGUGAAUUUUCGAAAUCAGCGCCUGGGACGUCAUCUAACUGCAGAUUAUACAAUAAUCAUGUCAAGGACACUCAAGGUCACGGCUAAUCAUGUCAUGUAUGACCGCAGUGCAUGAUUUCUAAGGGUGAUCAUGUCAAGUUUGCGCGUUUUGUGUUGCUUGCCGUCAGUGAAGAAGCAAAAACAUGACUUCCAGGUUUGCUUCUUUGACCAUCGUUUGCUUCCUUGGUCAUCGAAAAAUAAUUGAAGACAAGGACACACGAAACACAAAAUGGUCGAUGAAGGUGGCAAGGAGCUGUUCACUGAUUACGUGAAAGAGAAAACACUGAAUGAACCUGAGGAAAUGACAUUUUAUUUGACAUUUUAUGUCAAAGCAAGAAAGAAAGAAAGAAUUCGUUCAAUGUAUAAUAAAACACUUAUUAGAUUUUUGUGAUAUCCAGAAUAAUCAAGGUCUCAGUAAGGGUUAUCAGCCAAAGCCGAAGGCUGAGGCUGAUAACCCCUACCUCCACCUUGACCUUGAUUAUUUUGGAUAUCACAAAAACCUCAUCCAAUAAUUGUUUAUUACUGUGAAAAGCCAGCAUGAGAUGUAGAAUAAAACAGUUUGCACGUGAAAGUGUCAGACUUUGCCCCUUUCGUGGUUUGUACGUGAGGGAAUUCAAGUUAUCAUACAGUUACCGAGUUAACAGAACUAUAAAAAUAACUCAUGCACACAAUUUGUUUGUGAAGAUGUUGGACUUUAGCCCUUUUACAAUUCGUACGUAACAAAACGCAAAUUGUUUACUAGAAAGUUUUCUCAAACGAUUUUAAGAAGUCACCUCGGCUUUACAACAUCUGCAAUUAAAUUAUGCUUCAUGAAACAUCAAAGCUUGAUAGCCUACCAUUUAUUAACUUCCAAGAAAAUAAUCAAUUGAAACUGCCGAAAUAUCUUUCUACUCAUAUCAUGUUAUUGCACUCAAUAAAACAAUAUUCCCUAACGCAACUGUUUCUACUUAAAGCCUGGUUUCCAUAUGAUCGCUGUGAUCGCUGCAAUCACUGAGAAAAAAAAGUUCAGUGAUCGCAGCGAUCAUAUGGAAACCACUUUCCAGCAAUCGCAGCAACAAUGAUCGCUGAAAAAAUUCUAUCUCAGCGAUCGUUGUUGCUGCGAUCACUACGAUCAUAUUUUGUUUAGUAAAGUUGCGUAACUCAAGGCUGGUUUCCAUAUGAUCGCUAUGAUCGCUGUGAUUGCUGAACUUUUUUUCUCAGCAAUCGUUGCGAUCAUGUGGAAACCAGCCUUAAGUUACGCAUCUUUACUAAAUAAAAUAUGUUUCAAUAACUAUAACACUUAGUAAGCAGGAAGGAUGUAUCAUGUUGUUCUCUUAUUCAUGUUUUAAUUGCCGUAACAAAAAAGGUUUGCUGAACUUUGUAAGCGAGAGAAUAAAGCUAGUUUACAGAAUUAACAAUACUCGGUACUUACUUCCCACAAAAUUAACUGCCUUUCGAACAUCUAAAACCACAAUUUAUAAGCCGCAUACUUUCGAAUUAAAGUCCAUAUCUAUAUCAAUAUUAUUGUUUUAUUGGAAGAGCUUUGAAAAUAUAUGAUCUUUUAUACUCUACCUUGAAGCAGGCGAAACAGAACUCAUAAAUAUGUGCAUUGUACCAUUCACAAUAGCCGAAUUUGGUCAGAAAUGUCUUGAAGCAGCAUCCAGAAUAAAAUAUGAACCCUUAAACAGCUGCAUCACUGUACACGGCAUUUGAAUCAUGAAGAUAUUUAAUGUAAUGCUUCUAAACACCUGUAGCCAUAAUAAAAGACGAAAAAAUUGUGAAGAAUCAAGAUGGCGGUCUCAAAGUGCUCUUGUUCGACUUUUAGCAAUGGCAUGUUUAAUAGAUGCCAAGAUCUCAUAGGUUCCUAAGCAUCAACUCAUAGUACCUUCAACCUUGGCUCUUGCAACAAACAUCUGAACAUACAAAGCCACAAAGAUACAUACUCUCACUCCACUGACAUAUGAGCCAUUUUUUCAAAAUAGCUCGAUAAUAUACCAAGACAUUAAACAAUAAUUGGCUUUAGUAAGGGUAGCACAAUCACUUCACUUGCCACCUAGUAGGUAUUUCAUGUGUUUUUGUGAAUUUCGGGAGAUUUUGUUGAUUCACCUGAAUUUAGCGGCUCCAUGACCGCACAAAAUAUCAGAAGCCCUGUACAUGUACUAUUUUUAUUCCUUCCAAAAAUGUGUUUUGUAGUGUCUUUCAUAAAUGGAUUUCCUAGUAACUUGUUACAAAGAGUGUAAUACCCCCUUAAUGUAUUCAUUCAUUUUCUAUUUUUUCUAAUAUGGCAUCAUGCCUUUUGUUUUAGCUUGACUCUGUAACUGCAGAAGACAUCAAACUUGUUCUUCCUGAAAAGAGCAAUGGAAGCUAUUCUCGAGCACCAGCAACACAUGUGUCUAUCUUUGAGUGUCCCAUUUUUACUUUAGCUGUGUUUAUUCUCAAGAAAGGAUGUUCAAUUCCCCUUCAUGACCACCCUGGCAUGUUUGGUUUGUGGUAAGUAGUACUAAAUACUACAAUAAAAGUAGAAAUGAAAUCAUACAUUGUUGACUGCGUUGAAGUUUUCUUAGUGUUUUUGGCAAGCAUUGUUUCAAAAUCAGGUAAAUGAAAACAUUUCAAAAAGUUAACAAUUCUUGCUCUAUGCAUGAACAACUGCAGGGAAAGACGUAUUUCACUCAGAUACCAGAGAUGUAGCUAAGAGUGGGCUGCCCACUAUUUCAUUGGGUAAAAAAGAGCUUACAGCUGGCUCAAAUUGCUUGGGAAAGCAAAGACAUUGGGUAAUUUUGGAGGAGCAGUUGCAUAAAAAGGUCCGCUUGAAUAAUAAAAAAGCGUGCAUAGCUUUUCCUUGGCUACAUCCCUGAGAUAGCAGUUUGAUUCUCAAGGUGUGUUAGUUAGAUAUUUGCAUGCCUUGCUUUCUUGUGCUCACUUACAAGCCGACUAUUGGAACACUUGCUCAACCUUAUACUUUACUGGAAACUUCACUCCUGAUUUGUAGAAUAUUUGUAUGGCUUUGCUGUAUUUUUUGUAUGUAAUCACUACUUUGUCAGAAUUGCUGGACUUCUUUUCAAACCAUCAGGGUGUUUAGAACACUUUAAAGGAGCAUCUUCCUGGUGGGCCUUGCACCUAUUUCAGGGUGAUUGUUUCCGGUCUGUAUGAUGAAAACUUGAAUUUUACUUAAAGUUUCUGAGAAUUUUUCACCGCUUCAAGGAUGAGAUAUGGAGGUAAAGUUGAUCUUUGUGUAAUUUCUUCUCUUUCACCAAGAGAACAGAACAAUUUCUUGAUUAAAUUAGUCUGUUUUUCGUAAGAUUCGACUAUGUGACCUUUCUCCCGUCAUAUGUCACUGCUAUUCUGUUGUAUGCGUGGUAUUUUUCAAUUAUUCAUUUCAGUAAUCAAACAAGGAGUCGAUUGAGAAUUGAGACAAAAAUCCUCACUAUUAUACUUCAAAUAUUCUGAAGAACCUGGUUGACUCCUUUUGACUCUGUAGUGUUAGAGGUCACCAGUCUUUGAAGCUGCGAAAAAUGCUUUCAUGUCAGUAUUUUGGCCAGCUCAAUAAGAUUAUAUCUACUGGCCAUGUUAAUCAUUGAUCUAUUACUCAUUGUCUAUCAAGUUUCUCGUAGCCAGCUUCUUUGAUACCUUCUACAUUCAAUGCAUAUUUUAUUACAAAAUAUGUACUAAGCUUUAAAGAAGUAUUAAUAAAUAUUUAUUUCACCUCAGACCCCCUUAGCAAGGGUUUAUCAGUAAGCUUUUAUUUACAUAAAGUCAAACAAUCUUGAUGAACAAUUUAAAUGGUAAACAAAAUCUUAGACCUGAGAAGGGUAUCUAUAGCUACCUCCUAAAAUUCUAUCAUGCAAUCAAUACAGUUUACAUGGAAUGUACAGCAUUUCUAAAGAAUUAUUUUGUGUAUCUCUCUUGUGCCUUUAUGUUACCUCUGCAGUGACACUUUCAAAUAAGUCACACUUGGAUUCAGCCAUUUGAUAAUUUAGUUUGACCACAAUGCAUGACGGGAAGAUAGUCAUAUCCUCCUUUGAACACUUUUGGUUGCAAAAAUAGUUGGUAAAUGUACACAUAAUCAACUCUGCAGAUGCUCUUACAAGUUUGUGUUCAGUGCCCAAUGUGCCGGCCAUAGGGCAACCUUGUUUUCAAUCAAAUCGAGCAUAACUUAGCAGGUACAUGGUUUUAUGAAGAAAGAAGGCUCUAUAUGUGAUUGGUUUCUUGCCAGCAUAGACUAAAUAAACCUCUUCAAUGCUAAUUCAAACAUGCUGAUGCUGUUUACUGUGGCGCUUCUUAAACUUUUUCUGAUUGACCUGUGGAGUUUGUAAAGUAUACAUGUUUACUCUUCUGUCACUACAAGGAGUUGCAAAAGUCUUUAUGUAUCAUGGUACAAGAGGUAUUUAGCAAAGUUAGUCACUUUCCUGAUUCAAUUCAUGCAGAAAUUAACAAGUUAAUCAGGUGGUUGUUUAUACAUAAGUCCAUAAUUUUACUAUCACAUUUUGCCCCCUUAUAAUAUACCACUUGUUAACUGAGUGAUAGCUAGGUCAAUACAUCAAAUUCAAGGUGUGAGAUUUCCCUGUAAUGAUUAAACAGCCAUGUUAAAUAAGUUUUUGAAUAUAUGCCAUGGCCCUUUACGACUAUUCUUAAAGUGAAUACAAUAAAAAAAACAGAAGUAAUUUUCCAUAUCUGUGCACAACAGGUCAUUCAGUCAGGCAAUGCCAUAGAAACGACAAGGUACAGUUCUUUGACAGUGAGAAAUUUUGAACCUUAGCCUUUGAUCAAAUAAAACCAAUAACUGGUCAGCAGAUAACUUACACAAAAAACAUCAUGUCAAUGAGUUGUAUACUUAAGCCCAUGAUACAGUCAUACAUGACACUGGUUGGCAGAUACCCUUUUCUGACAGCUGUCAAUUGACUAUAACAUGGAUGUCCACUAUCAAGUUAAAUGCAGAUGGUUUAUGCCUUGGAUACCUAGCUAUAGCUAGUAAUGCCUGGUCAUUUCAAGAAAAUCUUUCCUGUUUAGCUCUCACUUCGUCAAAUAGCCGAAUAAGAUAAAAACCCACCCACAGAAUUCUCACUGAUUUUGAAAGUUAGGGGUCCUUAGGACCUCCAGUCCCAGGAAAUUAGGGCCCCUCUUUUUGUUUUUAGAGAGUCCCCAAACCUACUUUGUGUGAAUCAAAGUGACUACAAGAAUGGGAGGGGGGAAUUUGCAGUCUUCAAUUUCUGUCUUUACAAUAAAUAGAGUCAUUCUUACUUAAGCUUUCAAAGACAUAUAAAAGCGAUUGAGUUUGUUUUUCCACAUGUCGCGUAAACUUUUUGUGAGAUCUUUGUUUAAGGAUUUAGACAGCUGCCAUUUUCAUUUUCAAUUGAUGGCAAUGUGAGGCUAAUCGCAGAAAAUUAGUUACACCAUGUACUAAUGAUUGGGAUGCUUUUGCCAAAUAUCUGUAUGCAUUGCAUUGAGACAUGUUUUGCAUUUCAUGUGGUUAUUUAUGAAAAUUCUUCAAGCCAUUUGGACUUGAAUCCACACGUUUUGUGUUCAAUAAACUCCCAAGGAUCAACUAUUGCCGGCUACUUUGAAGGUUUCACCGGCUAAAAAUUGUUGGAUAAAAGCCUAAAAAUGAACAAUUAAAAAAUUUGUAAAAUAGAAAUAGAAAAAGGAAUUGUUUCAAUCAUGCCCUGAAUGUUCUUUUUCAUGAUUUUUGACGAGUUUUCUAAUCCACUCUCGUAGCCAUAAUAUGAUACCACGAAGCAAAGAAAAAUUGCGUAGGUUUGUUUACAUUGUCUUUAAAUAAUCUUUCACUGAGAAUGAAGAAAGAAAGACACACAAAAGCUUUUGAGUGUCUGUUUUUUGGAAAUUUCUCUGUGUUGACGCUCUAUUCUCUAUUUUAAAACAAAUGUCAAACAAACUUAUGGUUUUUGCAUUCAUCUGGCAUGGGUGUAGCCUGCGAACAGCAGACGUAUUUCCAGUCGUCGCUUCUCUCCCUUCAGAGGGAGAGAAGUGACGACCAGAAAUACAUCUGCUGUUCGCAGGCUAGCACGUGUAUGCAUUUGAAAUCGAAUGAAAUGUAAUGCAAUGCAUAAAUGUAUUAAAUGUAGUUUGCUGUGAUAAAAAUUUGUCAGAUGUGUAGGAUAUCAUUUUAGUUUUUUUAUGAAUUGAUGCUGAUGAAAGAGACGGGUAUGCUACAUGUGCAGACAGGAUUUGUUAUAAUAUACCAACCAAGGAAAGUUGUCUGAAACAUCAUUCUUAUAGAGAAAAUCGCGCGUAAGAAAAGCAUUAAUUUUUGCAGCAUCAAAGUUUGAAUUGCGCAUGUGCCGAUAAUGCAUUGCAACUAAAGAAAUGAUCUGUUAUCAUCAUAUAAAAUCCUACUGUAAAUAGUAAACAUUAUUAUUGUAAACAAAAAUAUAUGGACCUAAGAUGUAUUAGGACAAAAAAAGUGGAUUAAUGAUUUUUAUUCAAAAAACAGAUACAUCUCUUGUUAGUAUUGCUCUCAGCCAGGGGAGAACCAAUUUCAGCAAGUGUGAAAACCUCAAAUCUGUUUUGCUCCUGGGGGCUUCGCCCCCUGGACCUUUAACAGGGCACUGCCCCUGUACCCCACUGGGGGGCUGGGCAGCCCCCAGACCCCUCGCCUGGUGGGGGUCCUUAAGUCCCCAGUGCCAGUUACUUUCUCUUAUUCUCCUGCCACUUAAAAUCUUUUUGAGAACCGUGCCAUAACUAGAGCACAUGAAUGUGUGCAAUGAUGGACCAUGUCCAUCUGUUUGUAAUAACAAUUAUUGCUUUGUGUGUUGUUUGUGUGCUGUUUGAAUAUUUGUCAAAAUAACUGUUAAUAGUAUUAAGUAUUGGAAUUCACACUGUUAGCAAGGAUGAGAAAAUGCAAACACAAAACUGUCAAUGAAGUAAACUUAAUAAAUUUGCAUAAACCCAAAACAACUGUUAUUUCUAAAAUUGAAUUUUGAACUAAUCUUGUUAAGAAACUGCCUGUUAGUGUAUUACUGUGCUGGCAAAGAUGUCACACAAUGCAAACGUCAACCACAGGAAGUCAACAAUGGCAACACACUGGCAUAAUGAUCUCCAAGCAGCAGCAGCAAGUAGCAAAAAUAAGGUCUUAAGUCAAAUUGAAAAAUUCUCCUGGACUUUUACUCAAUACAAAGCAUAGAAUUCAGAAAGUAUGUCAAGAUCAAAUAGUAAGUGUCUUCACAAGGUUUACGCUAGGCUGCGCAAUGCAAAGUGGAAAGUGUGAUAUCUAAUCGCUCAUUUUCCUUGCUAAAUGUAUAGCUUCUUCUAUCCCGGUAGGCAGAUAUAUUAUCAUUUAACCUGCAUGAUCAUCUAAGUCUGUGUAGUCUAGUUACGUUUCAAUCAUUUGUAAUUCCAUGCAAGAAUUUUUUGUUGCGAAAACAGUAUUCCUUUGAAAUCAUGCCCUCCCCCCAUAAAACAAAAGGCCUGAACAGUCAGUUCUGUAAGUGGCCAGCACAAGUUAUGGAUACUUUCUCUGACCUUGCCAAGGAUAUCUGCUUAUGGGAGGAGGGGAGGGAUAUUGCUUAACAUAUCUUCUGCACAGGAAGUAACUAAAUGUGACAGAGAAUAAAAGCUGUUUUCUUUUAGGUUAGCUCUCAAUAUCUCUUGAUAAUCUACCCGUGGCCCCCAGAGAAAAUAAAAAAAUCAUUUAAAAUACAUAGGUUUAAAUUUGAAAGUAACUAACUUAAGAAUUGCUUAAGAUUUUCCAUGGCAAGUUGCAAAAUUUUGAUUUGCUUAAUUUUGUUUUCUAAGUUAGUUAACAAGCAGCAGUCUUUCAUGCCCAGAGGUUACUGCCUAUUCCAUAGUCUUGCCACAUUAAACGUAACUGUUUGUAUGACUUGCGGCAAAAAAAAUCCCCAGUGCAGUUACAUGUCUGCCUGGGCCGGACUGCACUGAAUUUAAAAAACAGCAUUCUGUUAAGUGCCUCCAAAACCAUCCUUGCUUUUAUUCUCACCACUUAGGCACUCUUGAAAUGGAUGAUUUAACAUUGUUUCCUAUUUCCUACACUGUCACUCUUUGUUUCAUAAUGUACUGUACUAAUGUUCCCUUGAAAGACACAAAAAUAGCUGCGGAGAAAGGCCAUGGCAAAAUUUUGUUUUUGUGUUAUGUCAUACUACAUAGUUAUCUAUUACACUGUCUAUUUGUAGGUCAAUUUUAAAUAGGAAUUCAGUCAUAGAAAAGGUGUUUUAAUAUAUUAGGUUUGAGCCAUAAUGUGAAGUUGUGACAUUCCGGCACUUCCCUGACAAUAAUUGUCCCUCAAAAUUUGGCAACUGUUCCAAACUUGUGACCCUCAAUAAAAAUUCUUCCCUUGGUUAAGAAAGAAAAAACAAGUAUAUCUUGGAAAUGCUAUUUUUUAAGAUCAUAAACAUUUGUUAGGAAGGAAAUUUGAAGGGUUAUUACAAAUGCUACAACCAGUUGCAAAAGUACGUGAGACACUGUACCGUAUAAAUGGCAUAAAUGGCAUAAAUGGCCUGUCCAUGAUCUUGUGCUUUUGAUCCCCCCUCCACCCCUUAUAAAAGUUGCUAGCAAUACAAGACCAUACACAAAACUUGGAUGAACAACUUUGAAUGAGAGGGAGGUCAGUAUUAUAUCUCGCAGACCUGUGACUAGGAGCGAUUUGAAGCAAGAAAGGCCGUUUUUUCGUGGGAGUGUCUCAACAUUUUUGCAACUGGUUGUAGCAAAUAAUCCAGACUGAUAAUGCAUAGCUCAGUCUGCUUGAAGAGACAGCAAUUUCUCUUUGUCAGGUUAGUAAGGCCUUGUUGCAAAUCACGUCCUACAAUUCUUUAAUGCCUCACAAACGACUGUCUGUUUCAAAGCAGUAAGCCUUAAGGAAUGUUUGUGUGUACGAUGUUAUUAUUGACGUGAGCCUUCCUCAGCAAGUGCAGGGUCUCCUAUCGUUAACAAUGCAGGUCAGAUGGAAUGUAGGAAUGUCAUGGAUUAGAGGAAAAAAGAUAGGCCCUUGUUACAUUUUAUAGUAAUAUAUAACAGAUGUGCCUUACAGUGUUUCCAUUAGCUGGGCUUGUAAGUGUUAGCUGGAUUAUUAGUUUGGUUAAUACAGUGUGUUUAUUAUUAUUUUUGCAGUAAAGUUGUUCAUGGCCAAAUAUCAGUGGAGUCUUAUGAUAUCCAGUCCGAGUAAGUUAUACUUGUUUUCGUUAUACUAUUACUCAACUGAUAACCAUUGGCUGACAAUUUGAUUACAGUGCAGGUCAGAGAUUGAAAUAGAGUAGUUAUGUCCCGAAGACAUGUCUAUCAACAAGACCUUGAAAUUGUGGCUGAUAAUGGCCACCAGUUUUUCAACCUGUCAAACUAAUAAUGCUGUUUUGGUGAUCAAGUCAAGUUCACAUAUGUCACAGAAAUGAAAUUAAUAAAUGAGGCUAUAAGUUUUAAGACAAAACAAUGGAGAAGUAAGGAACUCUGUCUUUGUACUAGCAUACUCUUGUGAUAUAAAGUCUAUUUUUGUAAGAUUCCUUGAAGUCUUAAACUGGCAACCAAAUAGUUCUAUUUUGCAAGUUAAAGUUUCCUCUGUAUGCCAGCUGAUGCUGGAAUGAUAAACUGCUCACCAAUUAAUGAGCUUGGUAACUCAAAUUUUAAAAGUUUGCUCUGUAGGGCCUAAGAUAGGGAGGUGUUCAUAGCAAUCGCACAAGUGGGAGCCACCCCUGCAACAGCUUGUAACAAGCACUGUCAGACUGGAACUUGCAGUGGAAUAAGACUGACAUGAACAGAUACUUACCAAUACAAACAGACAAGCCUUGGAAGUGGCAAGGGUUGGGCAAAAAGAAUCUGCAAUGAUUUGCAGUGCUAACACAAUAAUUAUGUAAUAAGCCCUUCCAACCUAAAGGGUGCCCCUUCAGAAUACGUGCCUGGGAGAAUGAAGUUGUUGCAAUUAGUUUGCAAUGUUUAAGUACCAUGAGAUUAAACUCAUCGCUAAUGAUGAGCUUGGGAGCAGGUGCCUUAAAGGUUAGUAGGGGACCAAAUGCAAUAAGCAGAGAGGAGGAAUCUAUGGCAACCCUGGAAGCAGGAACCACCCCAAGGGCAGCCACUAACAGGUACAGUCACACUGAAUAAAAUCAGUGGAGAUACUUACCUAAGAGAAUACUUACCUGAGAAAUGAUUAUGAAACCACUAGGUAGGGAGGGAGGAGAGGGAACAAGAAUCGGCAGUGAUUUGCAAGAAGGCAAAAAUUGAUCCGCUGUGAUCUGCAAGCAAAGCUACAAUGCAACACAACACUAGCAAAAGAGCGCACAAGGAGCCCUGCAAUUCCCCAAGGGCCGCCCCAUAGGUCACGUACCAGAGUGGGCAAAGACUGCUGGCCAACUCGCUCAAGUUUAACUUCCCUUUAAUGAUAUUUAGCCACAUUAAACUACUACACUGUGCACCAAAACUAACACACAGUGUUCUAAGGGGACUGGGCACCACAAAGUGUGUUGUUACAUUCUUUGAAUACAUUAAGAGACAAUGAUGAGAAUGAUUACAAAAAUAGUUCAAAAAAUGCAUAAUUGAGUCUAUUGAUAAUAUUAUUUAAUCACCCUCAUUUUUGACAUUGUACCGCAGAAGCUCAUAAUAAUUAUUAUAAUUAAAUACUUGGCAAUUCGCAAUUUGUAGUUUUAUUUAAUAAUGACUGAACUAGAACAUUACUUAGGACAAGAAAUCAUUGCCCUUGAGAUCUGUGAACUAACUAGCUUGAGGCAGCUUUUUGUUUCAAUUGAUUCAAAUUAGUGUGACUGUAUAAUCAUUCUUCAAAGUCAGACUUUGAAUUGAUUACUGUCUUUUUAAAUGAACAGAGGGGACAUCUCGUAUGUUAGAUCCCCUGACUCUUCAAAAGAAAAUGCUUCACACCUUGUGCAAAAAGUAAUAUUAUACAUUUGAAACUCCUAUAUAUUUUAUAGAUGCAAAAAAGAGAUUUUGUGUAAAGUGAAGACCAACAGGUGCACCAUGUGGUAGGUCACUGUCUGGUAGGUGCACUGUGUAGUGGCUGCCAUGUGGUACUUAGCAUUCCAACCCCUUCUCAGCUGCAAGCCACUAUGAUUUAGGCUAAGUUAAACGCAAGACAAUGCUUGCGGGCGGUCUCCUUCACUAAUCGUAUGUGGGGCUGUCCCAGGGUUUAGCAGGGCCUUAGUGAGUUUACAGUGCUUUCACAGAAGUCAAUCAUUUUGAUCUCAUUGCUUUUGCGUGCAGUAGUUAUAGUUGUUAUUUGCCCCAACCCUCCCUCCUCUCUGGAUGCUGUUUUGGUAAGUAUCUGCGCCUCUCUUUACUGAGAUUCUCAGUGUGACGGUGCCUGGUCAGGGUUGUCAUGGUUACCCUCUAAGAUCGCUUGCGGCCCCCUUCUGCUUCUUCUGGCACCUUCCCCACGCUCAUCUAUUGUUGAUGGGUUUAACUUGAGGUUGACCUUGCUUAAAGUAAAGGUAGCCAUGUAAAAAGUUAAUUUCAAGCCUUGACAACACAUAUGUAUACCUGUACAUGUGCAUUUCCUUACGUUUAUGCAAAUAGCCAGCUCAGGUGAUAAGGAAGGUGGUCUUUGAGGGUUGUAUAAGGUUGUGUCAAAUAUAAUGUUAAGAUUGCUGUAUGAUCAUUAUGUUCUUAUAGUUUUCAUUAUCAAAAAAGUUAUGGUAACACUUGUUUAUUUCCCACUUAGAACCAUUCUGAACGGCAAAAUGGAAGGGCUUUCCAGGAACCCCAUUCGUUCCCAGUUAAAAAGUGAGUUAUAAACUUGUGUCCAGUUGUCAUUCAUCAAGUUAUAUGUUAAUUUAUAGCUAAUUAUAAAGUUUGGAGACCCAUAAUUGAUGUGACGGUGUCCAACUAGAAAGCUAUUGCUCCUUUGAGUAGUGUAUGUUUGGUGAACUGAGCUUAAAAUUGGGGGAGAAGUAAAAAAGUGUGUCACAAGAAAGAGUGUUCUCACAACUUGUGAACCUUGAGUGUUGGUCAGUGGAUGAUUGCAUCAUAUUUCUCAUUUAAGAUCCAUCAGAAGAAAUAAAUCCAUAUUUAAAAAAACAAUAUCAAGCCUUUUUAUUUUUUUCACAUAUCUUAAUUGUCCUUCAGUACUGAAUUUGCAAGGGAAAUCAAAAAGCCAUUGAUGGUCCCUACGAGUGUGUACUAUACAUAAUUCUUGAUCAAGUUAUGUGACACCUUGUUUUAACGAGAACAUCAGGGCCCGGUUCCUGAAAGGCCGAUUAGCACCAAUCCAAGAUUUAAAUUUUGUGCCAUUUUUGUCUUUUACCUUGCUAUGAAUUUCUUAGAGUAACAUUUUGUGUUAUCAUCACUGUAUCUUGGAGUAAAGGCUAGACAGUGUUUUGUAAGCUCAAGUUUCAUGUUCUUAGACAAGAAAACCAUGCUUGAAAUUUGGCUUAAUCCUGGGUUAAACUUAACCAUCUUUUGAGGAACUGGGCCCAGAAGAUUAUAAAAGUUAUCAUGCUGACAAAAAUUAUAGGAUAAAGUGUCCAUUUUUUUAGACUACUGUAAGUCUAUUCAAUAGAGCUUAUGAAAUUAAUAUGGGGCUAUAUGUGUCCCUCCACCGGGUUUUGGUAACUUAGGUGAUGACAUGCAAACAAUGCGUUAGCAUGAUUAACUUGUCGAUAAGUAGCAAUGAAGAUGGAGACUAGAUGCCCAUUGUGACCAAUGCGAGCAAUAAGCAAAUGAAUGUGGGCAAAAUGCAAAUGAAGAGAGGUUUAAGGCAACCUCCCAGGGGUCACCUCCCCCUGCCCACUGUCACACUGAUCUAUCAGUGGAGAAUAAAGAACACAAAAGAACUUACAUGAGACUCAUCGCUAAUAAUGAGCUUGGGAGCAGGUGCCUUAAAAGUUAGUGGGAGGCCAAAUGCAAUAGGCAGAGAGGAGGUAUCCAUGGCAACCCUGGAAGCAGGAACCACCCCAGGAGCGGCCACUAACCAGCACUGUCACACUGAAUGAAAUUCAGUGGAGAUACUAAUGUCUUACCUAAGAGAAUACUUACCUGAGAAAAUACAGUCUUACGAAACCACCCAGCAGGGAGGGAGGAGAGAGAGCAAGAAUCCGCAAUGAUUCGCAAGAAGGCAAAAAUUGAUGCACUACGAUCAGCAAGCAAAGCUAUGAUGCAACGCAACACUAGCAAAAGAGCACACAAGGAGCCCAGCAAUUCCUUGAGGGCCACCCCAUAGGUCACAAACUGGAGUAAGAGAAGACCGCUGGCCAAGUCACUCGAAUUUAACUUUGCCUAAAUGAUAUUUAGCCACAUCUAAACCUGAACGAGUCUCGAAGAAGCAAGAGGCGGGUGGGAGUAGAUGAAGAAAAGGCAAAAAGCAGCAAGGCAACUCCAAGCAAGCCAGAAGGGCAAAACUACGUGGCAAUGGCUUGAAUACACAUGAGAAACAUGAUCACCUGCUGACAACAGGAAAUCUCCCAGUUGACUAUGAGUAUUGAUAAUCUCAUUAAAAUAAGACAUUAAAAUUUUCUUUGUAUCAGAGAAGAAGGUAGAAACCAAAGAAAAAUAAUGAUCUGUCUCAGUAUUUAAUACCAAAGAUCACAGGUUCAAUUUAUUGUUUUGGCAUAAGGAUGUACAAAAAGACAAGAAAAUCUAAAUAUUUAACAUAUAACAUGCACUUUCUAUGCCAAGAAUGAGCAAGAACACUAGCAAUGUUAAUGUGUACAUAAAUUUUCAGAGAAAAGUUUCAAACAUACGUAUCACCCAGAAACUCAUUGAUAUAAAUAUUCGUAAAUAAUGAAUUUUAGAAAGUUAUUUCGAUCAUGAUCACGUGGAAGGUAGUUCCCCUUAAACACUUCAAAAGUCCAUUCAGAGCAACUGACAACUUCUUGAACAGUGUAUUGUCCAGAAACGAUUAACAUUGAUUUGGAUGGUUUUUAAAGUCUAGUUUAAAGUGGGGCAAGCUGCAUUCAUUCGAAGAAUUGUGACAUCCAAUUCAUUCCCCAUGUGCUGGCGGUCCCAAUCCUCCAAGUUCUCAGAAUAUGUUCCAUAACUUUCAGAAUGCAGCUAAACAGACUAAACUUUUGACAUACCAAAAAAAAACAUAAUGUGUUGCUUGAAUUAAUGUUGCUGAUCUUUCCAGUUAAUGAUGGUGACUUGCAGACAACUUUGAUUCACAAACAGUGUCAUUUUAAGCUUUAUGUGAUGAGAAUUCUGAAGAAUGCUUUUCUUGAGAAAUAAUUGACACAUCUGUUUUACCUCAGUUCUAAAGCUCUUUAGGCUGAGAAAGCUGCCAACACUUCACAAUACCACCCCUGGUUUCCCUGCAAAAUAACAUGUGAGCAACAAUUGGAGAAUUUCCAUAGUGAUGACAUGUCACUACCCAGAUCUGGGUACUGAUGUAUCGUCAGUACAGAAUAUCUGUUAUCACCUCUCAGACAUUGUUUUGUACUGGAAACUAAUGGUGGGUGUUUAGCGAAAUGUCAUCUUUUUUCGCAGGUUAAUGGCCUGUUAAUUACUGUUUUACAAUGGACCAUUGCGUUUCACACUGAAGUAAAAAUUGGGAGUCAAGAAAAUCUUUUAAGAGGUGUCUAUUUUGAGAGUUAAGGUUUGAAAGCUUGCUGCAAACAGACAGCCAAAGCUAAGCUCAAAAUGAAGAAUUAGCAAACUUCAGUAUAAAUGUUUUAUUAUUAUCUUUUGAAAAUUGAAGUUGAAAUUUGGGGAUGCAGCUUUUUAUAUACAUGAGCAGACUGUCUGGGUUACAUGCCACCAAACUGAAUUUAUAUUAAGAGAUAUGUUUUCAUUUCAACAGCCAAGCUAUAUCGCAAAUACAAAGGCUUUUGCUACUGUGUCAAGCUACCGUGUCAAGAUUACAAAGUUUGUUUGGAUUGUGUGUGAAAUAAGUAAUAAUUAAUAAGUAAUAAAGUGGGUCCUUGAAAUGUAUAUGGGAAGAGGUAUACAAACCCUGUUAAUAGCAUAUUGGAUUGUGCUCCUGCUGAUAUUGAUGAGAAAGAAUCAUCCCAAAGAGAGGAACUGGUUAUUAGAGCAAGCACAACAAAUAUGGAAAGAGAACAGUGAUCUAUACAGUGAAUCCCUACUGGUGUAAGUCCUGUGGAGUUGUGCAUCAUCUGAUGAAGGAUUUUGAGAAACCAUUUUAACCGAAGAAAAAACAGCCAAUAUUUGAGAACUUCUUGAUGAGAAGUUUGAAGCACAAGAAGGAGAUGCAGAAAUUUGCAUAAUGUGUAAUGUGUACCACUUUAACAAAAUCUAGCCGGUUCUUUUCAGAACCUUGAUUCUUUAUGAAAGUCAAUAACCAACGGAGCAGUUGUUUUGUCUUUUUUUCUGUCUUAUGAGGCAUCCUACCUUCAAAAUAUUUUUUUUUGCUUGCUCAACUCAGAAAAAACUCUGCUUGAAUAAAGUAAGAUCUUUGUUGAGCAUGCACUGUUUCUUGCUCAGAUACAGUUUUGAACCCAGGGUUAAAUUUAAUAAAACUUUUUUAACGGUAAUUUAAAAGUUUAGCUAUUGCUAGUCAGAUUGUAAAGCAAUGGUUACACUUGUAAAUUACACUUGCACCCAAGGCCUAAUAGUCAUGUUCUCAGGACAGGGAGCUCAGUUGUGACCAUUGGUUAUCAAUCAAUGGAUGCUUGAACUCAAAAAAUGGAUUGAUGAGAGAAACCAAGGUUAACUGGUCCAGAAGUUUGGCUGGGACAACUUCAAAGGCUGAGCCUCCUUUUCUUGUUGAUCAAGAAGACAAAAGGAGGUGAUUGGGAGCGGGCCCCCUCACUUAUGUCCAGAAAUGCAUGCAAUGGUGAAAAUGGCGAAACUGGCGAAAAAUCGCCAGCUGCUGGCGAUUUGAAUUGGAUGCCAAAAGUGGCCCCUUGGAGGCUGGCGAUUUUGGCGAAAAUGGCGAUUUUGGCGAAAUUGGCGAUUUUGGCAAAAAUCGCCAUGCAUGCAAUGGCGAAACUGGCGAAAAAUCACCAGCCUCUGGCGAUUUGAAUUGGAUGCCAAAAGUGGCCCCUUGGAGGCUGGCGAUUUUGGCGAAAAUGGCGAUUUUGGCGAAAUUGGCGAUUUUGGCAAAAAUCGCCAUGCAUGCAAUGGCGAAACUGGCGAAAAAUCACCAGCCUCUGGCGAUUUGAAUUGGAUGCCAAAAGUGGCCCCUUGGAGGCUGGCGAUUUUGGCGAAAAUGGCGAUUUUGGCGAAAUUGGCGAUUUUGGCAAAAAUCGCCAGUGGGCUGGCGAUAUCCAGAAUGUGGCAAAAUAUUCAAAUUGGAUGCCAAAAGUGGCGCCUUCAAAGUAGAUAACUUAAGAGGUCCUUAUAACUGUGAGGCAACAGUACUGAAAAAAAAAGUUCAAAUUACUUGCCUAAUAAGAGGCCCCAAUAACUGUGAGGCAACAUUUAUCAAAUACAACUGAAUCAAAUAUAUGACAAAACAGCUUUACCUAACUUUCAAACAACAUUAUUUUAUUAAAUACAAGUGAAUCAAAUAUAUCUGAAAACAACAAAUGGAAGUCGUUUCAGUUAAGCUAAUAUGUAUUUGUGCCAUGUACUUCACAGGUUAAGUAAACAUUUCCUUACUUUCGAUGUCGCUUGACUUACCAAAAGUGAUGUGAUGCGCUGAAAUAUCACACUAGCAUCAUUUGCUUUUGUAUGGUUCAUUCAUUUCAAAGACUUACAAGUCCACUAAUUACUCGAGGAGAGAACUACCAAGUCCUUGAAAUCAUAAUAAUUCCUUGCCAUGGACACUCUAACUUUUGAGGUUCGAUGUACACCUUAACAAUCCUCACUGGUUACAAUUCUCUUCACAUUGGUUCCAUUAAAUUGUGAGGCAGCCUUAAAUCAAAAGCAAUUGCGAAACGCAUGGUUCCUGGCUAAAAGAUGCUUUCACGAUAACCAUUGUGCGCCCUUCAUUCUUUUUUUUUGUUCUCCACUAUACACAUUAUCUUCUUCCGUUGUUUUAAACUCUUCACUUUCUUCUCGCACUUACUUGUUUUGCUCUUUAGAGAAACGGUCCCCUAAAAGUAACGAAAGCCGAAAUGUCCAGCAGCUUGCAUGCGCCAUUUUGAAAUGUGCGAAUUCGCUUAUUUCCACUUUAUGUAAACCUGCACGAAAUGUCACUUGUGCCCCAUAUUUCACCGCAUUUAUUGAACAUAAACAUUGGAUCAAAGUAAUAACUUGUUUGUCUCUUUCAUAAAACAUAUCCCAUUCAAACUAAUUCUGUAUCUUUUCAUCAACCUAGAUAAAAAGAGAGUGUACAUGUUUGUCUCGUUCUUAAAAAAUGUGUCCCAUUAUUGCUUUAUGAGGUGGGGCCAGAAAUUUAGAAAAUGUAUUGUUUUUUUGCGCUGAGACCACCAAACCAAUUCUCAGUACAAUAUGUUUUCCAUUAAAUUGCUAAUGCUAAUGCUCGUCGAAACACGUCACCCGGCCUUUUUACCUUCUAUUUUAACAAUUGCCUGAGAGUCCCUGUGAACGACAUUAAUCGUUUUGCUUACAUAGAGUGACCACCAAAGUCGGCUGGGAAUGACACUAAUCGUUUCCACUUACAUAAAGUAGUUAUCCAAAAUCGACUAUUUCAACAUGGCCGCCGCGUCUAUAUAACAACUACUAAACCUUACACGUUCAUGUUCUGUGAAACUGCAAUGAACCAGCUCGUUUAUAUAUACUUGUACGAUUGAACGCCAUUAUAACAAACAGGAUGGAUAUACAAGGCAAUACGGACCAUCUAAUUAUCUGAAUGCGUAGCCAAGAAUCAACCUGGAUUCCUCAUAACAUAUAAUGUUGAACUGUCGCUAUUCAAACAAUGCCUACAAGCCUGGAAAAUUAAGGAUACCUAUCUUGGAGUUUUUGGUAAGAAAGUUGCCAUGAACAUUACGAAGAUUACCAUUUACUGAUAAUCGAAUACAACUCGUUGGCCAUUCGAUUUGAAUUGAGCAAGAAAUUAGUUAUAAGUGGUAAUUCCCGACCAAACACUCUUGUCUGGGGCGAAUUUCAAAUCACAAGAGGUUAUCAAUUAAAGGUAAAAGCAUUAAAAACAGAUUAAUGACACUUAAGUUACAGUAGCGUUGUCAUUAUUAGUAUACAAUUAUACUAUUGGAAACAUUUUUAUAUUAAUAUGUGGUUAACUAUUUGGCAAUUAAUAGCCAUUUCAAAAGGGACCCUUUGCUAUGUCAUUUCAAUUUGUCUUCAUAAAUUAGGUAUUUCAUCGAGUAAUUGCCAUUUCUGCCAAAACAGGACGAACGGCCAACAUGCACUCUAAUUUUUUUUUAAUUUUAUUUUUGUGGCUGAUGAAAAGAUACAAGAUUAGUGCACGCCAUUUUCGCCAAAAUCGUCACUUUCCAAAGGGCACCUUUGGCAUCUCAUGUGCAUUUUUGUUUAUAAUUUGGCGAUUUCGGCGAUUAAUCGCAUUUCCGCCAUUUUCGCCAAAUCGCCAUUUUCGCCAAUAUCGCCACUUCCCAAAGGGCCCCUUUGCUAUCGUGUUUGAAUUUUUGUUUACAGUUUGGCGUGUUUGGCGAUUAAUUGCCAUUUCUGGCAUUUUCGCGAAAUCGCCACUUUCUAAAGGGCCCCUUUCCCAUCUCAUUUGAAUUUUGUUGACAGUUUGGCGAUUUUGGCGAUUACGCCAUUUCUGCCAUUUUUCGUCAAAUCGCCAAUUUCGCUAAUAUUGCCACUUUGCAAAGGGCCCCUUUGCCAUCUCAUUUGAAUUUUUGUUUAUAGUCUGGCAAUUUUGGCGAUUAAUUGCCAUUUCUGCCAUUUUCGCCAAAUCGCCAUUUUCGCGAAAUCGCCACUUUCAAAGGGCCCCUUUGCCAUCUCAUUUGAAUUUUUUUAUUUAUAGUUUUGGUGAUUAAUUACCAUUUCUGCCAUUUUAAGCCAAAUACGCCACUUUCGCCAAAAUCGCCACUUUCCAAAGGGCCCUUUGCCAUCUUAUUUGAAUUUUUGUUUACAGUUUGGCGAUUUUGGCAAUUAAUUGCCAUUUCUGCCAUUUUAGCCAAAUCGCCAUUUUCGCCAAAAUCGCCACUUUCAAAAGGGCCCUUUGCCAUCUCAUUUGAAUUUUUGUUUAUAGUUUGGCGAUUUUGGCGAUUAAUUGCCAUUUCUGCCAUUUUAACCAAAUAUGCCAUUUUAAGCCAAAAUCGCCACUUGGCAAAGGGCCCUUUGCCAUCUCAUUUGAAUUUUUGUUUAUAGUUUGGCGAUUUUGGCGAUUAAUUGCCAUUUCUGCCAUUUUCGCCAAAUACGCCAUUUUAAGCGAAAUCGCCACUUUCAAAGGGCCCCUUUGCCAUCUUAUUUGAAUUUUUGUUUAUAGUUUGGCGAUUUUGGCGAUUAAUUCCCAUUUCUGCCAUUUUAAGCCAAAUCGCCAUUUUCGCGAAAUCGCCACUUUCAAAAGGCCCUUUGCCAUCUCAUUUGAAUUUUUGUUUACAGUUUGGCGAUUUGGGCGAUUAAAAGCGCCAUUUCUGCCAUUUUAGCCAAAUCGCCAUUUUCGCGAAAUCGCCACUUUCCAAAGGGCCCCUUUGCCAUCUCAUUUGAAUUUUUGUUUACAGUUUGGCGAUUUUGGCGAUUAAUUGCCAUUUCUGCCAUUUUUAAGCCAAUCGCCAUUUUCGCCAAAAUCGCCACUUGGCAAAGGGCCCCUUUGCCAUCUCAUUUGAAUUUUUGUUUAUUAUAUAGUUUGGCGAUUUUGGCGAUUAAUUGCCAUUUCUGCCAUUUUAAGCCAAAUCGCCAUUUUCACCAAAAUUGCCACUUGGCAAAGGGCCCCUUUGCCAUCUCAUUUGAAUUUUUGUUUACAGUUUGGCGAUUUUGGCGAUUAAGCGCCAUUUCUGCCAUUUUAGCCAAAUCGCCAUUUUCGCCAUAAUCGCCACUUUCCAAAGGGCCCUUUGCCAUCUCAUUUGAAUUUUUGUUUAUUAUAUAGUUUGGCGAUUUUGGCGAUUAAUUGCCAUUUCUGCCAUUUUUUCGCCAAAUACGCCAUUUUCGCCAAAAUCGCCCACUUGGCAAAGGGCCCCUUUGCCAUCUCAUUUGAAUUUUUGUUUAUAGUUUGGCGAUUUUGGCGAUUAAUUGCCAUUUCUGCCAUUUUCGCCAAUGCGUGCAUUUCUGGACAUAUCUCGGCCCCCUGCAUACAGCUAGAAUCAGCAGUGUUGAAAGUAUACUGCAUGGUGCCUGUAAAGCUUGAUAAAUUAUUUUAAAAGGUGUGAUUAUUGGCAUUUCACCUAAUCAUGGGCCAUAGAAUGGGUCCCCAACAGGAUUCUAAUCUCUGACUGCCUUUAUACAUUCCUUUAUUGGGAAGUUCUUUUUUCAUUUCACUGUUGUGAUACAUACCUCUUGCUGUAGGGUGCAUUUGCUUGGGUAUAAAGUGAGUUGUCGAUGGAAGAAAAAUUUCAUGAUUUCAGAUCUCAUCAUUUUUUCCCCAAGCUAAGAUUGUUUACCAGUUCUCCUCAGAUAUGAAAGCUUGUUUUCUUUUUUUUACUGACUGUUUGUGAUGGUCUAAGUGAAUGAUUAUUUUCAGGGAGACUAAUUCGGUGCAAAAAGACUGAGCAAACAUUUAAUGAAGAUAGUGGAAGCUGUGUAUUAACACCAACAUCUGGCAAUCACCACACCAUUCACAAUACGAGGUAGUGAUUCGUUUUUCACCUCCUUAGAGUAUUUAUUACAAAUAUUUAAAGAAGAUUUGUCUCUCUUUCUCUAGACAUUACUCCCUCCAGUUAGCCUUAGGUAAUAAGCUACAAAGCUGGUGGUGGCCUAUGAGCAGUGGGUUUUAUGUGCUGAAUAAAUGCUUCUUUUCCUGACACUGGUGCUCCAAAGGUAUAGAGAAUCCUCUUUGAAACAAUUGUAGGAUCAGUGUUUAGUAGGCAGUGGGGAAGAGAAAUUUAAUUACAGUAACUGCAUCACUGUAUAAUAAUGUAAUGUAAUAGGCCACUUUCAAGUUCCAAAAACACUCACUUUCAUAAUGAGGCCAAGUGCACAAUUUUUCUUGUGAAAAUGAGUUUUAUUUGCAUGAGAAUUAAAAGUCAUUUCCCUAUCAAAGGCUGAGCACUUAUCCUUGUUUUGAUACAGAGGCCGAGGGGAACUCGGAAAUGGUCUAUUAUUAUCUAUGGUUAACACCAGUCAAUAGAAUUGCCUUGCCAUUCAUAAGGCGCACAGACAGUUUUACUAAAUUGCAAUUGAGGCAGUGAAACUAUCAUCUUUUGUUUCACCAAGGUGUAGCUGGGAAAGUUUGAAAUGUUCUUUGCUAUUGUUGGGCAAAAAUAUUACAUCAUGCUCUUCUAAAAGCAGCGAAGUUGUUAUUAUUUUAAUGUGCUCUAUCUGUGUUUUUAGUACUGGUCCAUCAGCAUUUGUUGACAUACUUGCUCCUCCUUAUGCACAAGAACAAGUAAGAGGAUUUUUGCUGUAGAAGUUAUUUGGCAAACAAUUUAUACAUAAAAGUAUCAUUUAGUGAAAUAAGGUAAUUCAAGAAAUUGUAGCCAAUGAUAAGUUUCUGGAACAUCAAAGCUCACCAGGAUCCUUCCCUGGCUUUAAUCAAGCAAUAUCAUGAAACGUUUGAGCGUGAAAAGUAAAGGUUCCCUAGAGUGCGGGCCCCAAUUGCUCAAAAACUGGAAAGCACUAUGCACAGAGUAAAUUACCAUCCAGUCAGUAGUAGGGAAAUGAAUUGGGCUAUUUACUUGAUGUUGCUGGUUUGCACAUGACAUCAUGUUACCUGUGUUGGUGAUCAAGAUUAAAAAAUCAUUUCUCUCCCUCCGGAACUAAAUGCGAUUUUCAUUUAAAUUUUUGUAAAACAAUUUUUUGUAUAGAAUUGACCACCAACACUGCUGUGCUUUCACCUGCUUGCAAACCAAAAACAAAUUUAUUGAAUGGAUAGAGCAAUCCAACUUUUACAAAACUGGGGCCUGGUUAAUGGAAAUAUAAAUAUCCUGAUCACUUGAUCUGGGGGCCUUGUUUUCAAUAUUUGUGGUCAUAGGGGUCUUGGGCUUAUUGUGGAAUUACUGUUAUCAAUGUACCCUUUUCCUCAAGUAGAUAAUCAUUAACAAGACCGGAGUGUUUAAAUGUGGCUAAAUUUUAUUUGGCUAAGUUAACCUCGAGCCAAUGCAGCCAGUGGUGUUUCCGUAUUAGCAUGCAUGACAUGCGGGGUGGCCCACUUGGGGUUUUCAGGGCCGCUAUCCUUUGGCAUUAUUUUGCAAGCUAUUCUGGCUGAUCAUUGCCGAUCACCUUUUCGCUUUGUGCUGGCGAAUCUUGGCGGAUUCUUGCUCCCUCUCUUCCCUCCCUGCUGUCAUGUGUGGGUGUGCAGGUAAGUAUUUCACUUGGGUAAGUAUUUUUUCCACUGAGUAUUCUCUCAGUGUGACGCUGCCAGUUAGCGACUGCUGGCAGGGGUGGUUCCCACUUCCAGGGUUGCCUGGUUACCUCCUUGCCAUAUUUUUCACAGUUGGCCUCCCCGCUAACCUUUUAGGCACCAGUUCCCAACCUCAUCAAUUGGCGAUGAGUUUGACCUGUUAUAAUAUAUCUGCAUUACUUGUUUAAUUUAAUAGCUAGAAGACUUUAUUUCACUUGUUCCGUAUACUAGGCGUUGACCAUUUUUUGAAAAUGUUUUAAUGGUUGUUGUUAUAAUUUGAUGGCCAAAAGAUGUUUUUGUUUCUGAAGUUUACUUACCUUACCUAGGGAAGAGACUGUACAUAUUUUAAAGAAUGUGACCCUUCUGCAGUAACCCAGGUAUGUAAAGAACAUGGUGUUUGUGAAAUUGAUAACAGAUUGUGUGAGAGGUUGCAUUAACCCACUUCUCUUUCCCUCACUGAUUACAGACCAUUACGGUGAGAAUAUAAAAAUGUUUGAAGUUACAAAAUGAUAAUAAAUAUUAUUCAAAGUGUAUUGUAAACAUUGAUAAUGGUACUGGAAAUGUUAUUACCUUCAUGUUUCGCUAAGCUUUGUUAUCAUCUCUAGAAAACUAGAACUUGGUUACUGUGAAUAAAGGUGCAUGUAUUAUGUCACUUGGCAACAGAGUGGCAAAAUUGGGUUGAAUUAUUUUGUCAGCUUAUGUCCCUCAAUGUGGCCAGGUUCAUAUCCCAGAGAUCUUCCGUUCAGUUCAGUUUACUUUAUUUUUUGCCAUGCAGAUGUACAAAAAACAAGAAAAUCUAAAUAUUUAAAAAGCUAAUGGUGAGGAAGCCCAAGGGAAGCCACCAGACUUACAAGGAAUGGGCUCCCUCGAGUAAAUUAAUACAAGACAGUAUUAGGAAAAUGUACAUCAUAUUAUGGCAGCAUAUGUGGCUUGAGUUUGUUGUUUGAUCUCUUGUUAGCUGCGAAAGGUUAUUCUCUGGGUUCUGUGCUUUUCCCUUUUCCCCGAAAAAACCCAAAUUUGAAUUUCAUCUGGAAAGCAGUGACACAAUUUAAUAAAUUCUUAAGGACUCCUACGUGUUAUGACAGUUAAUGCUGCAGUCAUAAAGAGACCUAUUUCUUUUAUUGAAUUUUUUUUAGAAUCCUGGUAUCCAGCUUGAUGGCACUGACAGGUAUGAAGUUUACAGUGUAGAAAUUGAAGUAAUAUCUUGUUUGGCGGGUGAUCUGAAAGACAGUAUCUGAUUUGUGUGUAACUGUUGUCAAUGCAGAAUUUCAAUAUACACUUAAUGUCAGAUCCCGAGGGAAACAGUUACUUUUGUUUUCCCAAGAGUCCUGAUGUUUCCCGAGACGAAGUCAGGGAAACAUCAGGACUCGAGGGAAAGCAAAACUAACUGGUUUCCCGAGGGACCUGACAUUAAGUGUUUUGUUAUAUUUCUAGACUUUCACUUCAACAGCAACAAAAGAAUAACCGGAGCGAACCAAAGCAGUCGACUCGGUACUUAUAACAACACAAAUUUAAUUCUCAAAACCACUGAAUGAAUGAUUCACAAACAAAAGUACUUUUCUCAUAUUAUCUGCAUCUUUUUCCUCGACUAGCUGCUGUUUUUCUUGUGGGAACUUCUGGGAUAACUUUAAAAAUCGCUGCUUUUUAGGUUAAGGCUUCGUUUUUGUGUUGUUGUGUUCAUUCACGAAAAAGAAAACUGGCUGGACCUGGCGGUGUUUUUCCCGCCUUCUGUCACACCACUUUCCACCAUGCUUUGAUCACGUGCUGCAAUGUAUCCCGAGCAGGAUACAUUGUUUAGUGUAUCACGAUCGGGAUACAUUUGAUUUUAGUCAAGGCCACGUGACCAAGAAUCAACCAAUGGCAGUCCCUGUUGAGUGAAAGUCUAGGAAUAUAACAACAUUUCAUGUUUAACAGUAAUAUAGAAUAACAGUUGUCACUCCCUAAAAAUGUCCACUGCCUCAGUAAUGUUCCAAAAAAAUGAAAAUUCGUUUUGGAUGCAAAAAUAAUUUGAAUAUUCCCACACAGCUGUUCUUGCAACAUCUCAGCUCUGCAUCUGACGUGUACUUGUCUAUAUUAUAUUAAUGUUUAUCAAUGUGGUCUUUGUUAUCUGACAGCUGGAUCUUGGAGAUUCCUGCACCACGGGAAUUUUACUGUGACACACAGGUGAAUAGCUUAAUAAUGCUUUUUACAGUAGAUUCUUACCAUGUUUGUCAUAGAAAAGGAAUGUUAACUGUUACAGUAGAAUUUCUUCUUUAACCAUUAUUUUGCCCACUUUCUAGCAUCAACAAAUGAAGUUUGAUACUUGUUUUUAGGCUUGUCCUGUACAGUUGCUGUAGUGUUCCCAAUUUUUAUGUAGAACUGUUUAACAAAUGGCAAGGUUGCAAACUCCUUGUAAAAUGUCUUAUGAUGUCAAAAUUGUGUGAAUUUUCACUCCUUAAUGCAUUUACCCCGGUCUGUUUAACUGAGUGCCAGUUAUCUGGAUAUGGUUUAAAAGAUGUCAUUCAUUUACACAAGUUAGGAAUCAAAGCUUUGUUGGGCUUUUAAAAUUGAGUAUGGGACAAGUAGUACAAUGUAAGGAGUUUUAUUUGGGUAAGGGUUAUAAGUGAUCUAGUUGUGAAUGCGUUGAGUUGUAUAUAAAGCCGUUUUCAUAACAGUUAAUCAGUCUUUGAUAGUGUGGAAGGUUACCAUCACAAGUUACUCUAAAAUAAGGGUCACAUCAUUGCUAGAUGGUCAUGUCCUUUUUUUUCUUUCCUGUUCAGCCAUACAGUGGACCACUUGUCAAUUUGCAAGUUAUUUCUGAACUUUCGGAAAGUCGAUGAGUUUAAGAGGAAAUGUGCGGUAGGAGAACAGGAGAAUGCUGUUUAAAGAGAGGCUCUUCUGCACAAGAUUUGUGUCCAAGUAUAGUCAGUGUUAGUCAGUCCUAUGUGUCUCAAGGUUGGUUUCUUAAAAAUGGUGCCUUUAAUUAUACAUAAAUUAAAAGUAAAAGAGAGGGCUCUCUUUAAACACAUAAAUCUAUGAGUAUUAUAUUUUAACACAGUUGUUACUAAAACUCGUAAACAGUUUGGUAGAAAAUGAAAAGUGAUGUAACUAAAAGGCUUUUGAUAUCUUCCUCUCAGAAUGCCCUUUUUGCUAAUGAGUUAUUAUUGUUUCAUAACAUGUAAUCUAUAACCUGUGAAGGUGUUUUGGGUGUCCCUAUAUUAUGCUUCAAAGGUUAAGUAAAGUAUUAUUCAAAGUUUAGUUCAUCAUAUAAUUUAAAGUGAAGUAGAGACUGCAUUUUAGGAUGUAGCUACAACUGUGCACUAGUUAAAAGGUUGUGUCAUUUGUGUUUCACAUUAAUGAUGUGUGGCUAUUGUCACCUUGUUGGUGUUGCGUGUUUAAAGGUGUUCUGUCAUGUAUCAAACCUUUAUGUGAAGUAGUGGAGGAGAAGUCUCUUCCUUAAGGUGUAUUUUCAUUAUUAGUGAAGAAAUAUAGCUGAAAACAUUGAAGGUAAUAACAAAUAGAUGAAAUCACCGUCGAAAAUAAUCUUCAAUUGUCACUUGCAGAAAGACAAAAAGAGGUUUCUAGCCUUGUAUUCAUACCGUUGAAUUUUACAGAAGUAUAUGGCUUAAAUGCCGGCUCCUUACGUUAAUAGUAUUUAUAUAAUUCAGUGGAAUACUGCUGAAAGAUUUUGUCCUAAUAUAUUUAAAAUGUUGAUUUGAUCAUGUCAGCAGUGCGGUUAUCAUUAUUUUUCAUUGGUUUUCAUGUAAGAGAAUUGCACAAGGUUAUAUAAGUUGAAAGAAUUAUUAAUGUACUAAUGCUUAAUUCCUUGAAAAAUGAUUGUUUUAAUUUUUAAUUCAUUGACUGGUUAAGACUGGAGUUUUAGCAAUGUGAAUUCAUGCUGUUUCUGAAAGUGAAAAGUUACUGUAUGACCAUGAAUUGAAAACGUCCUCUUGUAUGUUAGACAUUUUAAAACGACAAAUCACCGUUGUUGUGAAUGUUUUAGUUUGACAUCAGAUAUCAGCUUGACUUCACAGGCUAGAAAACCUACUGCUCUACAUUAAUAAAAUGUUUCUCAGUUCUUAUGCAAUGCAACAAUGUAUCUAUUGCACCUAUCCAUCAAUACCCUUAGCU